AUGGCCCAUCGAUCACAAUUACCCCCGUUCCCGCCAUUGGGACGCGUCCAUACGAUCGACUACGAAGAUGAAAUAUUCAUAGAGCCCCCCCGAGUCAGACAUCAGGAAUUCGAGGCUCCUGGGAGUUGGGAUAAUGGGCGAGAGAAUCGCGUCGUUCUUGGACUCGAUUAUGGCACUACAAGCACCGUCGCUGAUUACUACAAAGGCCUGUCAUACAUGCAACAGAAGACUCUAAGUGAGCCUGACUUCAAUGAUCUCGAGGUCUUCACAGGAUGGAGUGGCGGCAGCGGUAACCCCAAGAUCCCCUCAGAAAUAUCCUACUCCAAGGCGACAAACCGGAGCCGCCAGCCAGGUAAAGACGCCGAGCGGCACAAGCUCGUGCUUCACUGGACCAAGCUGGAGCUCGAGACUCGACGUCCUGCCACCGAGUUGGAGGCACUUCUGGAAGCUGUACAGGGGUUGAGUCUCGUCAAGCGACUGCGCGAGGUUGCAGAUGCCGAUAUCAAUCAUGAGGCGCCGACACACUUGACCAAGAGUCCGUCGGACAUUGUCAAGGAUUUCUUGCUCAAGAUUGCCAGACAGUACUAUCUUCACAUGAAGGGACAGUCUUCUGCUUUGAUUGGGGGCCAAAUCCCACUCGACGUGGCUCUAACCCAUCCCGCUGAAUGGGGCUACGAGCCACUGAACAAGCUGUAUCGUGCCGCAAUGGGCGCCUUUCAUAAACAGAUGUUCCCAACUCUUCGACACGUUUAUUUUGUUCCCGAGCCAGAGGCUUGUGCCUUAUUUACCGUGCAGCAACUCAUCCGCAAUAAGGAGGACAGUCUCAUCCCUGGGGAGUGCUUUGUGAUCUGUGACGCCGGAGGUGGCACCGUGGAUCUAGCCACAUACCGAAUCGACAAGAUCAACCCUCUUGAGAUAUCAAGAGUUGCUCCGGGCACAGGUGCCUACUGCGGAGCUACUCUCAUCGACAGAGCUUUUAUCCGUUGGCUGAAGUCCAUCACAACAAACCUUGACAUUCUCGACGACGAGGUUGGCACCGGAGGCCACUUUCUACUCACUCCUGAGAGGAAGACGCUUCUCAACAGAUUUGAUCCCUUCAAACACCAGUUCACUGGGAGUGAAACCAAUAUCCUCACGUUGGCAAGUGGGAUCCAAGUCAAACCUGAAACGCCGGGCUUCAAGAAUGGCCUCCUUACCAUUGAUGCGGAUAGAAUGAAAGGAUUCUUUGACGAGUCCUUGAACGGGACUCUAAGACUCAUUGCAAAGCAAGUUGAGGGAGCUACAGUGAAGGGGGAGGUUGUCACGGUUGGGCACUCUGGAGUGAUAACAUGGAGGAUAACGCUAACAACUCUAUCUCUGCAGAAAGUCUUCAUGUCUGGUGGUCUGUCGCAAAGUGAAUAUUUAUUCAGGAUGGUACAAGAGUGGGCACGAAAUAAUCCCAACGAAAUGGAGGUGACGCGACCUGAGGAGUGUUGGACGGCUGUCACGCAAGGCUCUGUUCUACGUGUAAUAGGCCUCGGGGCCAGCCAGCCAACGGCAGUCAAAGAGUGUCCGCGACACUACGGCAUCGCAGCUUCUGGGGUGUGGAGUCAGUGGCGGCACGGGGGCAAAGGCCAGAAGAGCCCCGUCAAGGAUCAAGUACAUGGCCGCAGUAUGGCCGUCGGUCAGAUUACCUGGCUGGUACGAAAGGGAGACGUGAUCAUCGCAGACAAACCCAUCAAGGUGACACAGCCUGUCACUUGCGCCUUCAAGGACGACGAUUAUCUUGGGAACAGCAGCACCGCAAGGAUCACAUUCUGUGCGACUACAAUGACUGAGGCCCCGACUGCACUGGGCCAACUUCCAGAAGGUAAGCCAAACCCCCAUGAGUUCCGAAGGAAGACGGAUGGCAUUGCCCGGUUUAAAACCAAGUACAUGAACUCAAAGUAUCCCGGAAACGCUGGAAAGUCCUACAUGCUUGCAGCCUUGUAUGCAAGCCACACCAUCAUUCGGCCUGAUAACGCCCCGGCGGAUAUGCAGGCUGGACCACCCGUCUGUCUCAGAACAUCACAGCCAGUUUCUACUACCUGCUUGAGCCCCAUUCAUGGCGGGAAACCCGUAUCUGUUCCCUCAAGCUUUCCCUCAUCGAUACUCAUGGAGGCCUGGCACUUGAAGUCAACGCCCGACGACCUCCUCUCAUACCACGUCGCAGCGCUCAACGUCACGACUAAGAGGUGGCGGCUGCAACCAUUCCCGGCCAAUCUCGUAGGCAUCAAGGGAUCCUGGGACCGCGAGAACGCUACCAAAGACUGGCCUAAUAAGACGAUAAUCUACCCCUGUGGUAGCUCUCUCUGUGAAUGGACCCAGCCCUGCGAAAACUUCUCAUGUGCCAUCACCAUUGAAGGCAUCGGUGCAACCAAGGUCGGACCAGCACACUCAGAUAUCAUCGGCCUCACUCACGGUCUCAUCAUCUUGCUCAUCCUUUUCAUCACCACAAGUCUGGUCAUGGGUUGCCACCACUCGAUCCCAAGCCCGCCGCCUAGCCGUGAUGGUCACCGGCAUACCAUUAAGGAUGACCGCCCUCGACCAGCCGAAGAGGCCAUCGGGUUAGAGUCACGACUGCCACGCCAGCCACUGCGACAUCCCCGGCCAUCGAUCAUCAAGCACGACAGCUCCAUCAACAAGUACUACAAGGCGCCGGAGCGGCAACCGACUCAGCGGCCCGUUGAAAUUAGCUGGGAGUUAGUAGCAAAGCCGCACAGCAGGUCAGGGUCUUCCUGGCGGGACGACCAACGGCACUGGGCCGAAGAAACGCGGCAGAAGGGUCGGCAGAUAGAACGCUGCAUGGCCCUACUGCGUGAAACGUACGCAUUAGACUUACAGGCCUGGUCUAUGGAGGACGUUGCACUGCGGGAGGGGGAUAGAGAGGUCCGGGUUCGUUUAUGGGGGCGGGUAGAGCGCAUCUUCCUGGAGGUGUCGGAUGUGAUCGCCAGUUGGAGGAACGAAGGAACACAGGAAGUACCUGGGCUGAGUUAUUGGAGCGAUGAAGAGAAGAGAGUGAUUGAGGCCAUUUACCAGACUGUCCAGGAGCAUCUUGAGGGCAGGCGUUUGGGUGGUUUUGAAGAAACUGAAGAUGAUGCGGCCUUCGACUUUUGGUCCAAGGAUUAA